AUGGGUAAAGAGAGGACAUAGUUUCUACAGAGUGAGCUUGUCUGCUCCUCCUAUUCGGGUCUCUCAUCUCCUCCAGCAUGAUGCGACUGUGGCUCCCCAGAGGCCCCUGUGUGGCAGCUGUGGUCCUGACACUGAUGGUGCUGAGUCCUCCCGUGGCUUUGGUCAGGGACCCCCGACCUCGGUUCUUGGAAUAUUCUACAUCCGAGUGUCAUUUCUACAACGGGACGCAGCGCGUGCGGUUUCUGGACAGAUACUUCUACAACCGGGAGGAGUAUGUGCGCUUCGACAGCGACGUGGGCGAGUACAUCGCGGUGACCGAGCUGGGGCGGCCGGACGCCGAGUACUGGAACAGCCAGAAGGACUUCAUGGAGAACAGGCGGGCCCUGGUGGACACUUACUGCAGACACAACUACGGGGUCGUGGAGAGCUUCACUGUGCAGCGGAGAGUUGAGCCCCAGGUGACUGUGUACCCGACAAAGACGCGGCCCCUGGACCACCACAACCUCCUGGUCUGCUCUGUGAGCGGCUUCUACCCCGGAAACAUUGAAGUCAGAUGGUUCCGGAACAGCCAGGAGGAGAAGACUGGGGUUGUGUCCACAGGCCUGAUCCGGAAUGGAGACUGGACCUUCCAGACCCUGGUGAUGCUGGAGAUGGUUCCUCAGAGUGGAGAGGUUUACACCUGCCAGGUGGAGCACCCCAGCCUGACCCGCCCUGCCACAGAGGAGUGGAGUGAGUGGGAAGCUCCUGACUUGUGAAUC